AUGGCCAACAACAAAAGCACGCAAUUUCUCGGGGUGCUUGCAGCUGCAUGUGGCAAGUCCGGUACUGCCGCGUUCCGAAGCCGGACGCCACGCUUUGCUCGGGAGCCCUGCCAGGCGCGGGCUCCGCGGGCUCCGCUGCGGGCUCCGCUCCAGGAGCUCCACCCGCGCUGCGAGGCGCUGUACUUGGAAGGUCGCUGCCGGCACGCUGCGAGGCGAGAGCAAAGCAGCGGCAAAGAGCAAAAGCCGCCGCUGGUGGAAGCGAGGCCGAAGUCCAAGGCUCCGUCGGCUCCGUCUCCGUCGGGAAAGGCUUGGGCAGAAGAAGUCCUCCGACGACACCAGCAACGGCUGCAGCAGCGAGAGGAAAUGCGGCGCUGCAAGGCAGAGCAGCGCGCAGAAGAGGAUCUGAAGGAAUGUUCAUUUGCACCAAAGCUCGUUUCUCGAAGCCACAUUCAGCUGCAGAUCAGAAAGGGGCGGCGACAGAUUGAGCAGUUGGCGGAGCAGCAGCAAGCAAUACUCUUUCGUCUCAAUUGUUUCGAAGACGAGGAGGUUCGCGCGGCAUCCUUUGCACGCUGGUCGGCCAGCAGAGACGAGAAUCGAUCUUUGCUUCUAGCGGAGCUUGCCCAAGUUGAUGACGAUGCCCACGCUGUCAUCACAAGUUUGGUGAAAUUGGGGAUUCCGAGCGUUCUCGAAGAGCCAGAUCCCGGGACCCUUUGCCCUCAGUACGAUUCCGGGCUUCUCCGCCGGCUGCGAAUGGAAGACGCAUGGGGCUUGAAGGAGCUGGCACCAAUUCGAACUGCAGGUCCAUUGCCUCCGGCGCAGAUCUGA